AUGAGAAUUACUAGCCAGUUGAUCCGUUCUCGGGCCAGGGGGCCGCUUCAUUCGGUCGAAUACCUUGACUUGUCAGGUUUGGACAUCGUGGCGAUCGAGAGAAUAGGACCAUGUCACAAACUUCAGACCCUUAUUCUACGAGAAAACAAUAUUGACGCGGUUGAAAAUUUAUCGGGAUGUCAUCAGCUGUGGAAACUGGACCUCAGUAACAACAGAGUCAUGUACUCUUUUCUUACAGAUCGUAUCCAUGUCAUAGAUUGUCUUCCUAAUGUAUGGAUAUUGGAUGGUAGACUCAUAACUACUGCAGAGAGAAUACAAGUUGAACAUUUCUUUCAAGACUCUGCACUUACAGACCAUCCUGUGAGACAUAAAUUUUCUAAAGAACAAUUUAUUCCAUCUUCAAUGAAGAAAAUAGAAGUAAAUGGUAUAUUUGGUGCAAAAAUAGUGCAACUAGCAGGCAUGCACUUGUUUCCAUCAGAGGCAUUUACAUUUCUAAUAAUCUAUCUCAGGUAUGUUCCAUGCAUAGAGCUGUUUCUUUUGAAUCGACAAGAAAGAUGUCUAAUAUCUUCUCUACUACUUAGUGCUGUGAAAGUGGACAGAGAUGAGAAAGAGGAUGGUGGUUUGUAUGACAGAUUGUAUCUGUGUUUGUAUUACACUGUAUCUGAAUUGAAUAAAAGACAACAGCGAGAACUGCAACAUCUGAAGAAAACCUCUGUCAAUCCAAUAAUUACGAUACAAAAACUUGAUGUAGGGGAUAUGGAUGAUGAUAUGCCAAAUCCACCGUCAACACCGACACAUCAUGGAAGUGCGCAGUCAUUAGCUGCACUCGAUGAAGAUUCUAAUAAGAAUGAUGAAACUCCUCGACCAGUGUCUAUUGUCCUCAGAGAUAAAUUGGAUCUGAAACUAACUUUAACAGAGGAUAUGUUAAAAUCUUCUGCACUCAUCAAAGAAAACAGAAAUCCACUCCAUAAUGACGUGGAGAAACUACUUGUACAAAAUCGAAUAGUUAACAACGUCACUCACGAUGAUAAUGAUGCACUGUCAAUUGAACAUAUCGAUAAUGCACUUUAUGAUUGUCUAAAGGAUGCCAUGGAAACAGUUCGAAUAAAUAGUGCACGGAAAGAUGACCACUCAAAGAUGGAAAAUGUAAAACCACAUAGAGAUUUUAGUAAUUACAUGAAAUCACAAAGGACUAGUCAGAGUAACUUUAUCAAAACGCCUACCAUGAUGGUGGAGUCGUUAGAUACUUGUGCUGAUCAGGGUACAGAUGUCAAAUCUAAGAUUGCAGCUGAGGAUGACGAGAUUAGAUCUGAAAGUUCACUCAAAGAGAGGAGAUCAAGACCACCAUCUUCAAGACCAUUGAGGUUUGUUUGA